AAGGGAAUGGUGGUGUUCAUAAACCAAAGCCGCCUCAGGGCCAAGGGCGUGGGUCAACACAACAACGCCAGAAACCACAGGAAUCAGAGCUUUGAGGAGCUGCAAGCCGCCUGUCUGAGGAAGGGGGAGCUGUUUGAGGACCCCUUAUUCCCUGCAGAACCCAGUUCUUUAGGCUUCAAGGAUCUUGGUCCCAACUCCAGAGAUGUGCAGAACAUCUACUGGCAGCGGCCCACGGAGAUCACAAGCAACCCCCAGUUCAUCACCAACCGGCUCUCUCCCACCGAUAUCUGCCAGGGGGUCCUGGGGGACUGCUGGCUGCUGGCUGCCAUUGGCUCCCUCACCACGUGCCCCAAACUGCUGUACCGUGUGGUACCUAAGGGUCAGAGCUUCAAGAAAAACUACGCUGGCAUCUUCCAUUUUCAGAUUUGGCAGUUUGGGCAGUGGAUGGACGUGGUGGUGGAUGACCGGCUGCCCACCAAGAACGACAAACUGGUGUUCGUGCACUCGUCCCAGCACACAGAGUACUGGAGCGCCCUGCUGGAGAAGGCGUAUGCCAAGCUGAACGGAUCCUACGAGGCUCUGGCAGGAGGCAGCACAAUGGAGGGUUUUGAGGACUUUACAGGAGGGGUGGCACAGAGACUGCAGCUCCAGAAGCCCCCUCGAAACCUGCUGAGGCUCCUCCGGAAGGCCCUGGACCGAUCCUCCCUCUUGGGCUGCUCCAUUGAAGUCAGCAGCACCAGUGACUUGGAGUCGAUGACACAGAAUAUGCUGGUGAGAGGACAUGCUUACUCAGUGACUGGCCUUGAGGACGUCUUCUACAGAGGCAAGAUUCAAACACUGAUUCGGGUCCAGAACCCCUGGGGCCGAAUUGAGUGGAAUGGAGCCUGGAGUGACAAUGCCAAGGAAUGGGAAGAGGUGGACCCCGACAUCCAGCACCAGCUGACGCACAAAAAGGAGGAUGGGGAGUUCUGGAUGUCCUACCAGGACUUCCUGAGUAACUUCACUCAGCUGGAAAUUUGUAACCUCAUGCCUGACGCCCUCUCUGGGGACUACAAGACCUGCUGGCACACCACCCUCUACGAGGGCAGCUGGCGGAGGGGCAGCACCGCGGGCGGCUCCAGGAACAACCCAGACACAUUCUGGACCAACCCCCAGUUUAAGAUCUGUCUGCCAGAAGAGGACGACCCUGAGGAUGACCUUGAGGACCCCACAGUUGUCUGCACCUGCCUGGUGGCCCUGAUGCAGAAGAACUGGAGACACGCUCGGCCGAUGGGAGCUCAGUUGCUCACCAUUGGUUUUGUCAUCUUCUCGGUCCCCAAAGAGUUUCAGAACAUUCAGGAUAUCCACUUGAAGAAGGACUUCUUCACGAAGUAUCAGGACCACGGCUUUUCAGAGAUCUUCACCAACUCACGGGAGGUGAGCAGCCACCUCCGGCUGCCUCCGGGGGACUAUGUCAUUAUCCCCUCCACCUUCGAGCCACACCGAGAUGCCGACUUCCUGCUCCGGGUCUUCACAGAGAAGCACAGCGAGUCCUGGGAACUGGAUGAGGUCAACUGUGCUGAGCAUCUCCAAGAGGAAACAGUCUCUGAGAAGGAUCUGGACCCUGACUUCCUGCAUUUGUUUGAGAUUGUGGCAGGCGAGGACAAAGAAAUAGACAUGUAUGAGUUACAACAGCUGCUCAACAGGAUGGCUAUGAAAUUAAAAAGCUUCAAGACCAUGGGCUUUGGCUUGGAUGCUUGUCGCCGCAUGGUCAACCUCAUGGAUAAAAAUGGCUCGGGCAAGCUGGGGCUUCUGGAAUUCCAAGUCCUGUGGAAAAAAAUCAAGAAAUUGACGGACAUCUUCCGAGAGUGCGAUGAGGACCGCUCAGGCACCUUGAACUCCUACGAGAUGCGCUUGGCAAUUGAGAAAGCCGGCAUUAAGCUCAACAACAAGGUGACAGAGGUGCUGGUGGCUAGGUAUGCAGAUGACAAUAUGAUCGUGGACUUUGACAGCUUCAUCAACUGCUUCCUGCGGCUGAAGGCCAUGUUCACAUUCUUUCUAACCAUGGACCCCAAGAACACAGGCACUAUUCGUUUGAACCUGCAGCAGUGGCUGCAGGUGACCAUGUGGGGCUAG